CAACCUGUUGCGAGCUACUCUCCUCCGCAGUCUUUGCGCACACUUUGAGGAAGCAAGCACGGACGCGCGGAGCAAGUGAUGGACUUCCCUUGAAUGAACUUUGUUCGCUAAUUCUUGAUCGGAUUUUCUGUCAUUCCACUCAUCCAGGAUUGGAGCUGUGCGUACCUGACAGAGGGGUAACGAAACUGGGGACCAAAGGCCAGGUAAAGAUUUCCUACUACAAAGGAAGCACGAGAGACAAAGCAAAAUGAAUUGCUGUCACCAGCAUGUACAACAACUGAAAUGAAGACUUGAUGUCCGACCACUCAUGUUUGGCAUGCUAAGAAGUCCCGUGACAGCAGUCUGCCAGACUUGCCCUGCAUGUGUGGACACACAUAUAUAGAUAUUUAUAUAUGUGCCACAAAUACAUCAACACUGUGCUGAAUUCGAAGCUCUCUGGAGCUGAGAAAUUAAAAUCAAGAGUAUGGUCCAACGGUCCACCUCAGUCUGCCUGCUGGGAGCCCUCUUGGGCCUGUUUUUGCUCAUGCCUGUUCUGAUGGCACCAACACCCCCGAGCAUGUGCACUCCUUUGAGGACGCUUAAUGAAAAACUCAGCCACCGGCGACGUUAUAUGAAGCACAACUUUCCUGUCAACUACACCAUUAAGGUUCACAACGAGGAAGUUUUUAAACUAUCAAACAUCAGCAAAAUGAAGUUAUGGGUGGAGAACCUGGAAGAGAAUCACCUCCAGAGGAUGUGGUUCCUUGUUAACCACAGCGUGUUGAAAAGGAUCAUCCGAGUGAUGCCAGAAAGACAUCCUUCGCGUCCCUACACAUCAGAGUUGGAGAGACGUCUGCAAGAUGCUGAGGGAGUCUUUGUGCAGUCGCAUCCUCCAGAGUUUUUCCAGCAGGAGCUUCCAGUCGCAAUCCAAGACAUUUGGGAUUGUUUAACAGAAGAGUCCGACAGAGUGCCAGAAUCCAGCUGGAGGUUUGCUACUCCAAAAUCACUUUUGGACAAUUUCUGUCGCACCAUGCAUUGCCUCUUCAGUGAAUGCUUUGCCACCACAGAAACACACGACCAAUUGGAUUCCUCCCAUUGUCGUAAAAUCAAGAAGAAUGUCUCAACGGCAAAUAGCUGAGAAGAGGCCAGUGGGGUGAGGUGGUCCCUCGUCUGACUAGGUAUUUUCUUUGACCUUGAGGGAUCUUGAAGGACAAUCCACUUUAACUUUUUUUCCUCAAAGCCUGCUGGAUAAUAUGAUAUAUAUAUCGUUUGGCCCUAAUAUCUCCUCAAAGAUUUGUUCAUAUUGACAUAUAUUUUACCAGAUGCAUGAUAUAUAUAUGACCUAAAUUAUUUGCUAAGAUGGAUGGGGUCAAGUCAAGUCAAGUUUAUUUGUCCAUCUGGAAUGUGGCACACGCUGCAACCUGCCUUAUCCACACCGCAGGGUUCACUUAAAACUCUGGAGGACAAUGCUUGCCCAACCAUCUGGCUUGCAAAGCCCACCAUGUGCUCUUGUGUAGGUGCCUGCCUGGUUCAUGUCAAAUGAGCCUAUUACAAUGUGCUUCACGUUGGAUUUAUGACCGGAUGACUUUACACCACAAUCAUAUUGGUGAACUCUGAUUUGCAACCGUAUUCUUUGUGACUGCAAUGUCUUUGAACUCCCUCUCAAAAGACUGGCUAUUUACCCCACCCCUGCCCAGGUUCUGCUGGUAAUAAAAGCAUAAUUGUUUUUAUGCUUUUAUUACCUAUAUUGUUCUGUGUGUUAUCCAUGAAAAGUAUUUUAUUCUGAACAUUUGCUGUGCACAAAGAGACUCAGGCAAUGACAAACAAAUAGUAAUAAAUCUGUCCAGCUUUUAUGUUUUACUGUGCAUUUACUUUGCAUUAGAAGAAGCUUGACAGACAUGAUUUCAGGAGAAUUUGUGCAAAAAUGAUAAAUUGAGUCUGAAUUUUCAUGGUUCGAUUGUCAGUGGUCUAGCAAAUGAUGUUGUUGUUUUUUUCAGUAUCUAUUUCACAUGCAUCAAUGUGCACUGUCAAUGUGGGUCAUACAACUGUAUUUACAAGCAAUGUAUUAGAAACAUUACAUUUCCAUUUUUCUUUUUCUUAUGCAGUAUAAGCAAAUGUGUCUUUUUGUAAACCACGUUUUUCUGUUUAGUUUGUGGAAUAUCAAUGCUCCAAAAACAAAUGUUUUCCAACCAAAGAUUGCACAGCGUAAAAUAAAGAACAGAAUGUGAUAUUCAGAAAAAGUAGAACACUUUAAAUAUACAGCACAAUGUUGUGUUAUUUUGUCAAAAAAAAAAAAAACUCACCCGAGUACUGAUGAAUAACACCAGAAUGACAUCAUAAGUGUUUGUAAAGACUUACAAUUUAUAUUAUUAUAAAGCCGGCCUUUGAAGAUUGACUGCUGCAUCUUUGCCAUCUGGAUAAAAUUACUACUCAAGAUAGAAAUAUUACACUUCUGACAUGACUUAAAUCUCACAAUUUUACCACUGUGUCAUCAUAAAACUGCUUCUUUUUUUUAAUAUUAUAAGUAUUUGGAAAAUAUUAAGCUGCAAGUUAUUCUACAAUAAAUGAAGCCUCACCAUAGUGAAGUUACCUACCAGAAAAAUGUUGCAAGCUAAGGUCAAAUAAAAUGACAAAAGCAUUCAAACUACUUUAAAGCUUUUUUCACAUCAAACCAGCUUUAGUCUUUUCUAUCGCGUGAUCAAUAAAACUGUGAGACACUAGGUUCAAGUGUUUAUUAAAGAGUUCUGUCUCAACAAAAACAGAAAACAAACACUGGGCCCUGGGCUAACCCUAACCCUAAAAAAAAGUAUAUUGAAUGUUGAAGGUGAUCCAACAAAAAUGUUAAGCACUUAUGUAUAUACACUGCUCAAAAAAAUUAAAGGAACAGUUUUUUAUCAGGCAUGAAUACAAUUAGACUUUUCUGAUAAGGUUUUGGUCAGGUACGUGGCAGAAGGGGUUGUUAAUCAGUUUCAGCUGCAUUGGUGUUGACGGAGUUCCUCCGUCUUGAUCUUGAUGUUUUUUCCACAAGUGUUGGCUUUAGCUAGUGUCAUUAUCACGACUGGGAGCAUGAGGCGAUUUCUUAACCCUCCUGAAGUUACGCAGAUUGUCCAACUCCUCCAGGAUGGCACGUCCAUGCAUGCUGUUGCAAGAUUUGUCUCCCAGUACAAUCUCCAGAGCAUGGAGGAGAUUCCAGGAGACAGGCAGUUACCCUAGGAGAGCUGGACAGGGCCGUAGACGGUCCUCAUUCCAUCAGCAGGACCGAUAUCUGCUACUUUGUGCAGGAAGGAACAGGUUGAGCACUGCCCAAGCCCUACAGAAUGACCUCCAGCAGGCUACUGGUGUGAAUGUCUCUGCCCAAACAGUCAGAAACAGACUUCACGAGGGUGGCCUCAGGGCACGACGUCCUGUCGUGUACGCUGUGCUCAUUGCUCAGCACCGUGGUGCUCGAUUGGCAUUUGCCAUAGAACAGCAGAAUUGGCAAGUCCGCCACUGGCGCCCUGAGCACCUGUGAUAGACGUGAAAGGGUCUGGAGAAGUCAAGGAGAGCCCUAUGCUGCCUGCAACAUCAUUCAGCAUGACCGGUUCGGUGGUGGCUUAGUGAUGGACUGGGGAGGCAUUUCCAUAGAGGUACGAACAGACCUCUACAGGCUAGAGAACGGCAGUCUGACUGCCAUUAGGUAUCGGGAUAAAAUCCUUGCACCCAUGGUGCAGUAGGUCCUGGGUUCCUCCUGAUGCAAAACAAUGCCUGGCCUCAUGUGGCAAGAGUAUGCAGUAUCUGGAGGAUGAAGGAAUUGACACAAUUGAAUGGCCCUCACAAUCACCUAAUCUAAACCCGAUAGAACACCUCUGGGACAUAAUGUUUCGGUCCAUCAGACGCCGCCAGGUUGCUCCUCAGACUUUACAGGAGCUUUCUGAUGCCCUUAGACAGAUCUGGGAGGACAUCCCACAAGACACCAUCCGUCGUCUCAUUAGGAGCAUGCCGUGACGUUGUCAAGCAUGCAUACAAGCUCGUGGGGGCCACACAAGAUAUUGAAAAGAAUCUUGAGUUGCAGAAAUUGAAUUUAGGCAAAAUGGACGCGCCUGCCACAUCAUUUUUUCCACUUUGAUUUUUGGGGUGUCUAUAUACUGAGGCUGAAAACUUUUAGUUCCAUCAAAAGAUGUGGUAUCAUUUUGUUCCUGAGACAUUAAACUGUCCAUAUCAGUAUAGAUAUCCAACUUUUUUUUUCACCAUUGAAAUCUGAUGUGUUUUCAAAGUGUCCCUUUAAUUAUCUUGAGCAGUGUAGUUAUUAUGUUAAAUCCAUGUCAAAUAAUAAAUUAUGACAAAUUGACAUGAUUUAUUUUUUUGCAUCUUCUAUAUUUUUGUGUACUUAAAUAAAGCCAAUAAAAAUCUAGGCAUGGCACAGAAUAGAGAUUACGAUAACAUGUAAUGUGAAUUUCAAAUAUAAAUAUGUAGUGAUGCCAAUCCUGGAACUUUUUUGACACAUGCCCUAUGUGUCAGUCGUUAUUGUCAUUGGUCGUAUUUUGGAUCUGACAUCAACUGUAUUGUUUCUCAUACCUUUUUAUGUACAAUGUGUACAAUAAUUGCUGAACCAUGUGUAUUGAAGUACAUGCAGCUUGGGUUUUUGCUCACGCUAACAAUCACAUCACUCAAAUGCAAUGAUACGUAUUUGUCACGAGUGUUUUUAAAGUGUAUAGAAACAAGAAAAAAAUUUAAUCUUGAAGUGGUAUUUGCAACCUCUGAAUGACAAUGGACAACAUAAAUAUGCCUGCAAAAACAAUGUUUGCUUGUUUUAAACAUAGAUCACAUUUUUUGUACACAGGAUACUGAAUUUAUUUAUUUUUGGAAAUGUAUAAUGAUACUGUAUGUGACAAUACGCUUAUGAAAGAAGUAUAAUUUAAUUGUUAUUUUUAUUAACUAAAGUUGCGUCUAUUGUAAUAUUUCAUGACAUAAUAAAACAGAUCUUUCCACUUUUAA